CAAGCAGCCAACCUGGGUCGAAUGGCCAAGCCUGAUGCUUCUCGCAUCCAAUCCUCCCAACUACGCGUUUUACUUUGUGACCUCUGCUAAUCCAGCACUACCCUCCAGCCAGCACGCUCUGAAUCUGGAUACCACACAUCCGAAGAUCAGAUGGGGAAAACCGCACAUCGUUAACCGAGACAGAUGCUUUGGACCCAUGCAGCACUCCAAAUGGUCUGGCAUCACGUCCCAACCCCGAUUAAACGCAACGAUUAGGUCCUUACUUUGUGCUAUGUAUAUUGUUCUCAUGGAUAACUGCUUCGAAUUCUGUCGUUUCUGUUAAGCACGGUUUCUAGUGUCUUUUCAAAUUUAUUCGCUCAGAUGGAAACCUUUGUCUUCACGGUAACUCCUUUUCCGCUGCUAAUCAAGCGGAUUAGGCAUCUGCAUUUUGUGCAGAUAUAUAUACAUGAUCUAGACAAUCCAACACUUAUACCCGCCUAGAGUAAUGGAUACCCCGAGGGACGCGGAUUUAUGUGCGAUUGCGGCGAUCCCAGGUCUCUAUAUUUCGGACCGCUUUGGAGCACGUUCACAGUUUCUCCUCAGGUCCCACAAUAUAAAAUACGUACUUUCCGCGACUUGUGAGCAAGACAUACCACGUUGGGACGAAACUACUCUGACAAAGAUCUCGACAAUGCACCUUGACAUCGAUGAUCAUCCCAUGCAGGACAUUCUCUGCUAUCUUAAGCAAGCAUGCGACUGGAUUCAUGCCGCUCUCGAAGAAAAGCCGGACGGGACGGAUUCCCAGAAGCCUGUCGGGGUGCUGGUCCAUUGCGUUCAGGGAAUAUCACGGUCCGGUGCAAUCGUUGUGGCAUACUUGAUGAGAUACCACUCUCUUUCCUAUUCGGAUGCACUCUCGGUGGCCCGGAAGCACCGACCGCUCAUAGCACCAAAUCCGGGCUUUGAACAGCAACUUCGUCUUUGGGAGCUUUGCAACUAUGACGUUUAUGCGGCCGGGUCAGAUAUAUUACGGCCAGAAUAUGAGUUUUGGAAAGCCCAGUGUAGAAAAGCAUUUCAAGGCCCAGAAGCAGGAUCGAAGAAGGUCAUCCAUGAGACGAUGAACAACAUUGAAGCUGAAAUGAUGAAAUGGGCACGAUGA